GAUCAGUUGACUUCAUCAUGGCCGCACCGCAGAUCUACGCGCUAUCAGUGGCGGCCGCCUUCCGCGGGUUGGACCGCCAACAACAGCUAUAUGCCCAUCACAUGGCUAAGGCUGCAUGGAACGGCACGAGGAUCAUCCUUCGGCAGGUAUCUCCGGAGGCUAAUGACAUAUUCGAUUUCAUCAUGGCCUUGUAUCGCGACUGUGAUGGCGUAUGGGAACGGACAACGGAGAGAGGCAUCGUCCAACCGCAUGAGCUGCAGAAUUUCCUGGACUAUGCGGCGAUGUUUCUAUCCAACGUGGGAAAUUACUUUGGCUCAGGCGAUCAAAAGUUCACGCCGGAUAUCUCAGAAGAAAGCCUUGCGAGGCUGGCUUCUUUCUCACCAAAAGCAAGCGAUUUGCUGCAGCGAGUGAAGGUCCCAAUGCUGGCCAAACUACCCAGUAGUCUCGGGGUUCCUGGGCCACUCACUCAGUCAACCUACUACUUGGGAGACAACGUCUUGGCAUCUUCAGAUGACAUUGCCGCUAUCUCUAAAUUCAUGGAAGAGGCAGAAAUUCUACCCGAAAAUACGCGUUUGAAGAGAAACAAAGAUACCGAGGAAUACGCUUAUGAUAUCCUGCAGGCAUCAAUAGAGCACGACGAAUUCAUCUUUCAGGGCCGUGGGUUCCUCCCAGGCGUGGGUAGGCGCAUCAGGCUUGCACAGGGCGACCAUAGAAAUGAGCUAAGGCUCAUUUAUGACUGCCUCCAAGAGGCCAAGCAGUUCUCAUCCAAUGCGGUACAGAAGGAUAUGCUUGAAGAGUUGAUCGAUAGCUUCCACUCUGGCAAGUUGCAAACAUAUAAAGAGGCUCAGAAAAUAUGGGUAAAAGACAAAGCCCCACCAGUCGAAACGGUGCUUGGUUUUGUCGAGCCAUACCGAGAUCCUUUGGGCGUGCGUGCUGAGUUUGAAGGAAUAGUGGGAAUUCCUGAUCCGGCGGAGACGCGAAUUCUGGCUGGACUUGCAAGCAAGGCCGAUGCGUUCGUCUACAAAUUACCUUGGGUAGAACAGAAUGAGAGGAAGGGACCGUUUGAAAAGCACCUAUUCGAGCCUCCGGACUUUUCCAGCAUUCAGAGCCUCGCCUAUAACUCUAGUAUCAUUUUCCCAGGAAUUAACCUGCCAAACUACAACGACAUACGUCAAGAGGUUGGCUACAAGAAUAUCAUCUUCUCCAACCGCAUGGUUGCAGAGCGUGUCCGGACCAGGGGACUGCAUAUGGUGGAAGAGGCCGAGCAAGAAACGUUCAAGUCUCAUCGAUUCCAUUCCUACUAUAUUUGGGUCGUCUUACAUGAGAUACUAGGUCAUGGCACAGGGCGAUUCCUGACAGAAGAUACAGCAGGCAAUUUCAACUUUGAUCACAAGAGCCCGCCACUCAAUCCUCUUACUCAAGAGCCAAUCAACUGCUGGUACCGUCCUGGUCAAACGUGGACGGGAGUUUUCCAGGAUCUUUCAACUACCGUUGAUGAAUGCAGGGCGGAGAUUGUGGGUGCAUACCUGCUGGAUGAGCCUGAGAUUCUCGAAAUAUUCGGAUACACAGAAAACAGCGAGAUCAAGCCUAAAGAUGUCAUCUACAACAUGUACUUGCAGCUAGGAGUUGACGGUCUCCGAGGUCUCGAGAACUAUGAUCCUGUUACAAAGAAAUGGGGACAGGCUCACAGCCGGGCCCAUUACGCAAUUUUUCGACAUCUCCUCCGAGACAGCGAUGGCCUGUUCACGGUCGCAUGCGACACCGCGAACAAGAAGUUGACAGUUAAGAUCGACGGAGCUAACGUCCUCCAAAAGGGCAAGCCGUCUUUGGGCCGGAUGCUCAUGAGCUUACACGUAUAUCGCUGCACCGCGGAUAUUGAGAAUUGUCGCGCGCUGUAUGAGGACCUCUCCACUGUGGAUGAAGAAGCCUUGAGAUGGAGGGACGUUGUUAUCUCUAGGAAGGACCCGCCUCUCGCAUUCUGUCAGGCAAAUACCUUCCUGGGCGGAGAUACGGUGAGUAUCAAGGAGUAUGAGCCCAGUGCUCGCGGUGUGGUUCAGAGCUGGGCCGAGAGAGGCAUACUUUGAAGUGGCAUGGUGUCCGAGUCCUCACUCAUACCAGCUUCCAGUGUAAGUAACAUGCUUGGUCGAUGGAGUCUCGUACGUCCUGUUUACC